AUGGAUUCGUUUACGCUUGAACUUUUCCCUUCACGACAAAUCCAUAUUUCUCUAUUCCGAAACGUAACAAACGCAGCAGAACUUCGCAAACGACUCCUCGCCAGAGACCAAGAACUAUCUUAUGCUUUUAUCGACGCGCGAGUCGUAAAUAAAAAAAUAAUUACUAGAAUAAUGGUUGCUAUAUUAGUCGCGGUAAAUAACGCAUUAUAUUAUGAAAAACUCGAAAAACUUAAAACUUUCAAUGUCCAUUCAGAAAUUGUGUACUUUCUUUCUCCCACAACUAAUAUCACAGAGUCUCUACGACGAUUCGGCAUCUUGGAUGUAACUAAUGCUAUUCUGGUUGUUAAAGUUGGUGGCGAUGCUGCUGAUGUUAAAGCACAUCUUGUUUCACUCUUACGAGGUGAGAUGGAAUCUUCUCUUGACACAAUUUCACGUUUCUCGGAUUUAGGAGUUAUCAAAAAA